AUGCUAAUGAUGCUAAUGAUGUGUUCAGAAGUUAGUACGUUUCUUUUAGGCGUUAUUAUGUUGUUCAUGGAACUAAAUGAUCUUUCACAUUCAGAUGAAGAUACAGCAAUAGUAGAAAUUGCAGUUAAAAGUGGGUUUAAUGUUGGUAUUUUUGAGGAAUCUUUCAAGUCUUUAAAGUCUCUAAAUCCUCGAAUUGCGGAUACUUCAUUUAAGUAG